ACAGCUCAGCUUUUCUACUGCUCACACACACGCACACACACACAUACACACACACACACCACUGGACUCUCCUCCUUAUUCCUCUCUUUAUUUAUAUUCUUCUCAUUUGUUGGACUAUGUGCGUCUUGCGUCUCCUGCUGGCUAUGAGGAAUGUCAUGUUUCCGUAGGUUCGGUCACUUCUCCUCUUCUUGGAUCUUUUAUUUUUUGUCCUUUUUGAGUUGUUUGGCGUUGUGAGGUUUUUGUGUGUUUUCUUCUCGUGGCUCGGGCGUCGUGAGGGAUCUAAACAUGUCGAGGAGCGCGGAGGAGGUGAACAAGCUCACUGAAGGCACAUACAAGACUGUGAUGGAGCAGUUCAACCCAGGCCUGAGGAACCUGGUCAACCUCGGCAAGAACUAUGAGAAAUCAGUGGCUGCAAUGAUCCUGGCGGGAAAGUUGUAUUUUGAUGCAAUGUCUAAGAUUGGGGAGAAUGCUGCAGUGUCUCCUGUCUCCAGAGAAUUAGGUGUUGUGCUGAUGGAAAUCUCUGAGGUCCACAGGAAGGUUAAUCUUGAGCUGGAGGAGAAUUUCAAGAGGUUCCACAGGGAGAUAAUAAUCGAGCUUGAGAAAAAGACAGACAUGGACGUCAAAUACAUGACAGCCACAUUCAAGAGGUAUCAGAUGGAGCACAAGAUGAAGCAGGACUCUCUGGAGAAGUCCCAGUCUGACCUGAAGAAGCUGAGAAGAAAGAGCCAAGGCAAGAACGCCAACAAGUACGAGAACAGGGAGAGCGAGUGCCUGGAAACAUUGAUGAGCCGUCAGAUGGACAUGCAGUUGUUCGUUGCAGACGGCUGCAAGGAGGCUCUGCUGGAGGAGAAGAGACGCUUCUGUUUCCUGGUGGACAAACACUGUGUGUUCUCCUACCAGACCGCCUCCUUCCACGACAAGGCCAGAGAUAUACUGACGGAGAAGCUGAGCACUUGGCAGGACCAGUGCAACGACGCCACCAACAUGCCAGAGAGCGUCUUGUCGAUGAUCGAGGGGCUGCGGACGCCGGUCUCCAUCACGCCGCUGCCCUCUCCCUCCCCGUCACAGCGCAGCCUGAACAUUACUGCUCCUGUGGCUCCACCUCUGAAGCCUGUGGCCAGCCCUCUGGUGAACAUGUUCACCCAGGAGAACAAACCUUCUCCUGUAACCCCCAUCACCAACAACAGCAGCACAGAUCAUGGGAACAUUGAGGAGAACAAUCUCCCCAGGUCUGUGUCCGUCGGGGCGGGCCUCAACAAUGUUGUGAAAAGGCCUCGCGUGCGCACCAUCUUCCCUCACACCGCCGGCAACAACAGCACUCUGCUCAGCUUUGACGAGGGGGACGUCCUCGUCCUGCUCAUUCCCGAGGAGAGAGACGGGUGGAUGUAUGGUGAAAUGGAGAAGAGCGGAAAGAGGGGCUGGUUCCCUUCAUCUUACUGCCUGGCACUCUCUGAGCCACUCAUGAAUAACAACAGCAUGUCUGUUGCACCAUACCGCAGUAGAAGUGUGGUCAACCUGCACCACCAGGACACGGAGACAGACGAGGCGACCAUGGUGCUCCCCCCAGCUGACUACUGCGACAGCUCACAGCGCAACACCAUCAAGAAUGGCUCCCUGUCCACCACAAAUAACAAUCACCACCACUCCCCCACACCCUCCGCAGCCUCAUCCUCCUCGUCUGAUCACAACACGGGGGCACAGCCAAAUGGCGUCUCCAGACCUUCACCCGCUUUCCUCGCGGGAGGGAAUCCGUUCGCCACAGUCAGGCUACGUCCGACCGUCACCAACGACCGCUCUGCACCAGUCAUCUGAUCCGUCCAGCUCUCCACCCGUCUUUCUUCGAUUCCCACAAGUCCUCCCCAGCCUCCCAUCGUCCUCACACCCAGGACGUGCAGCUCUCUCCUGCCUUUAACUGACCAGCAGCUGUUUCUGGUCCUGGAUGAGACAGAAGCACUUACUGCUGCAAACUCUCCUGUGGAAGCGUUUUAUUUCCAGAUGCUCAUAUAUUUAAAACAAUGUCUAUUUUCGUCCUUGUGUGUAGUGGCGACUUUUAAAUGACCACAUUCUUGCCUGCACUUCAGAGCUAGAUGAAUAAACCCAGUCAAAGAAAAAUAUUGUAUGCCGGUCAUGUUGCUUGUUUAUCGCCGAAACACAACUGUUGGAAAUCAUUCCUGUUGCCAUAGGACAGUAGAAGAAUGUACUUUUUGAGGACCUCUGUGUUUUAGGUCUUUAUGAAAAUGCUGCAACUCUGGGAUUGAUUCUAAAAUAUCUGUCUGCUGCAGCGAGGAGAGAAAAUUGCAAACAUUUACAGAGAUGCAUCCUGAAAGGCAGACACAUGAUCUUUAUCCUCAUCUCCCUCAUGUAUAUAACUUUGUACAACAGGUGAUAUCGUCAUUGUCCUUCGCCAUCAAACUUAACUCUGUGUAGAGCUCGACGAUCAUGGCGACGGGACUUUUGCCUUAAUGACACAUACAGCACAAACCUGCUGUAGAAUACCAUUUACCUGCUGCACCCUUCAGAUUGUGGACAUGAGCUGUGACGCUCAUCUUAUCACAGUGCAGUCGUUUCUGCUUUACUCAUCACACACUUUGUAAACUCAUCUUCCAUAUUACACCCUUAAUAGAAU